AGGCCAGCGGAUCGCCGAGCUAGGUGACGCCGCCGCCUGUCGGGCCGCGCAUGCGCAUAACGGCGCCCCCGCCCCAACUGCCCGCUCCCAACGCCCCCGCCGCGGCCCGCGGGCCAUGGAACCCGCCGAGGCCGGCGCGGUCCGAGCGCUGCUGCCCGCGCGUCCGGGCGCCGUCGCCCUGUGAGCCCGGCGGCUGGGUCCGGCCGCCGCCGCAGCCCGCCCGCCCGCCCGCCGGUGCCGCGCGUGCGCGCCCGCCGAGGGAGAGCGCGAGUGAGGGUGGGCCGCCGCGACGAUGCCGCGGGGCCGCCCCCAAGCCCGGGACGGCGCGGGCGCGCGGCGAGUCCGAUGGAAUUUUGGCGUUGAAUGAUGAUGACAUUGAUGAUGACUGUCCGAUUCCAAACUUCCACAAAUGUGAAAUCUGUCUGCUGUCCUUUCCAAAAGAGUCCCAGUUUCAGCGUCACAUGAGGGAGCAUGAGCAAAAUGACAAGCCACACCGAUGUGACCAGUGCCCCCAAACAUUUAAUGUUGAAUUCAACCUGACACUUCAUAAAUGUACGCACAAUGCAGAGGAUCCUGUCUGUCCUGUGUGCAACAAGAGGUUCUCACGAGUGGCCAGUCUCAAAGCACAUAUUAUGCUCCACGAGAAGGAAGAGAACCUCAUUUGCUCUGAGUGUGGGGAUGAGUUCACGCUACACAGCCAGCUGGCCAUACACAUGGAGGAGCACCGGCAGGAGCUGGCAAACAACCGCAUGCACACCUGCAAGGCCUGUAAGAAGGAGUUCGAGACGUCGCCAGAGCUGAAGGAACACAUGAAGACUCACUGUAAAGUUAGGGCAUCAGGUACAAGAUCUUACAAUCGGAACAUUGACAGGAGCGGCUUCACGUACUCGUGUCCACACUGCGGAAAGACGUUUCAGAAGCCCAGCCAGUUAACGCGACACAUAAGGAUACACACAGGUGAAAGGCCGUUCAAAUGCAGUGAGUGUGGAAAAGCUUUUAACCAGAAAGGGGCACUGCAGACCCACAUGAUCAAGCACACAGGAGAAAAGCCACACGCCUGUGCCUUUUGUCCUGCCGCCUUUUCUCAGAAGGGGAACCUGCAGUCCCAUGUUCAGAGGGUCCACUCAGAGGUAAAAAAUGGGCCAACCUAUAACUGCACAGAGUGUAGCUGUGUAUUUAAAAGCUUAGGUAGCUUAAAUACUCAUAUCAGCAAGAUGCAUAUGGGUGGACCCCCAAAUCCUUCAAGUUCUACAGAGACUGCACAUGUUAUAACGGCCACGAUCUUUCAGACUUUGCCUCUGCAGCAGGUGGAAGCCCAGGUCUCAUCAGUGUCUGGUGAGCAGAACUCUCAGGCAGUGACUGAUGUCAUUCAGCAGCUUCUGGAACUGUCUGAGCCAGGGCCAGUGGAGGCACAGCAGUCCCCACAGUCUGGGCGACAACUCAGUGUGACAGUGGGCAUCAACCAGGACAUCCUCCAGCAAGCCUUAGAAAACAGUGGGCUGUCUUCACUUCCAGUUGCAGCACCUCCCAGCGACUGCAGCCAUGCUCAGACGUCUACAGUGUCCUCGCAGAGUCCACACACCUCCAGUGUCUCUGCAGAGCAAGCUGAUCCCAUGGAUGCAGAGCAGGAAAAGGGACAGGAAAGCCCUGAAAAGGUGGAAAAGAAAGAGAAAAAAAUUCUGAAGAAGAAAUCACCAUUCCUACCUGGUUCCAUUCGUGAGGAGAACGGGGUACGGUGGCAUGUGUGUCCCUACUGCACGAAGGAGUUCCGGAAGCCCAGUGACCUGGUGCGCCACAUCCGCAUCCACACCCAUGAAAAGCCCUUCAAGUGUCCACAGUGUUUCCGCGCCUUUGCCGUGAAGAGUACACUGACUGCUCACAUUAAAACUCACACCGGCAUCAAGGCUUUCAAGUGCCAGUACUGCAUGAAGAGCUUUUCCACCUCAGGGAGCCUCAAGGUGCACAUCCGCCUACACACAGGAGUUAGACCCUUUGCUUGUCCUCACUGUGAUAAAAAGUUCCGAACCUCAGGCCAUAGGAAGACUCACGUGGCUUCCCACUUUAAGCACACGGAGCUGAGGAAGAUGCGGCAGCAGCGGAAGCCUGUGAAGGGUCGGGCCGGCAAGAGCAGUGCUCCUGUCCCCGACAUUCCCUUGCAGGAGCCCAUCCUCAUAACUGACCUCGGUCUUAUUCAGCCCAUUCCAAAAAACCAAUUUUUCCAAAAUUAUUUUAAUAAUAAUUUUGGCAAUGAAGCAGACAGACCAUACAAAUGUUUUUACUGUCACCGAGCAUAUAAAAAGUCUUGCCAUCUUAAACAACAUAUCAGGUCACAUACGGGUGAAAAGCCUUUCAAAUGCUCUCAGUGUGGACGAGGCUUCGUCUCUGCAGGCGUGCUCAAAGCCCAUGUUCGCACGCACACUGGACUGAAGUCUUUCAAGUGUCUGAUCUGUAAUGGAGCCUUUACCACAGGUGGCAGCUUACGGCGACACAUGGGCAUACACAACGACCUCCGUCCCUACAUGUGUCCCUAUUGCCAGAAAACAUUUAAGACUUCCCUAAACUGCAAAAAGCACAUGAAAACCCACAGAUACGAACUGGCCCAGCAGCUCCAGCAGCAUCAGGAGGCUUCCUCCAUGGAUGAGGAAAGCACUGUGGACCAGCAGAGCAUACAGGUGUCAGCUCCCAUGCCUGUGGAGAUUGAAAGUGCAGAGCUGCAGCAGACUCCAGAGACAGUGGCAGCAGACCCUGAAUCUAUCCUGGAACUGGGGCCACAGCACGUGGUAGGCACAGAAGAUACAGCACUUGGACAGCAGUUGGCAGAUCAGCCUUUGGAAGCUGAUGAAGAUGGGUUCGCAGCUUCCCAGGCUCCUCUCCCAGGGCACAUGGACCAGUUUGAAGAGCAGGGCACUCCACAGCCAUCCUUUGAGUCGGCAGGACUUCCACAAGGUUUCACAGUGACUGACGCGUACAGCCAGCAGACUUCCUUCCCACCUGUGCAGCAGCUGCAGGACUCUAGCACCCUCGAGUCCCAGGCCUUGUCCACGAGUUUCCACCAGCAAAACUUACUGCAGGUCCCAAACUCUGAUGCCAUCAAUGUGGCAACUCGUUUGCUCCCAGAGUCAUCUCAGGAGGAUCUGGACCUCCAAACACACCGCCCACAGUUCCUGGGGGACAGCGAGGACCAGAGCAGGCGCUCUUACAGGUGUGACUAUUGCCACAAAGGCUUCAAGAAGUCCAGUCACUUGAAGCAGCAUGUGCGCUCACACACGGGGGAGAAGCCCUACAAAUGCAAGCUCUGUGGGCGUGGUUUUGUCUCCUCUGGUGUCCUCAAGUCCCACGAGAAGACACACACAGGUGUCAAGGCAUUCAGCUGCAGCGUCUGCAAUGCAUCUUUCACAACCAAUGGCAGCCUCACACGGCACAUGGCCACACACAUGAGCAUGAAGCCUUACAAGUGUCCGUUCUGUGAGGAGGGCUUCCGCACUGCGAUCCACUGUCGAAAACACAUGAAGAGGCACCAAGCAGUUUCUUCUGUAGCCUCAGCAGCUGCAGAAACAGAGGGAGGAGACACAUGUGUGGAGGAAGAUGAAGAGAAUUCUGACAGGAGCGCAUCAAGAAAGCCUCGUCCUGAGGUCAUUACUUUCACAGAGGAGGAGACAGCCCAGCUUGCCAAAAUUCAGCCCCAGGAGAGUGCUACAGUGUCUGAGAAGGUCCUGGUGCAGUCGGCUGCAGAAAAGGACCGCAUCAGUGAGAUGAAGGAUAAGCAAGCAGAGCUCGAGGCUGAGCCCAAGCAUGCCAACUGUUGCACGUAUUGUCCUAAGAGCUUCAAGAAGCCCAGUGACCUGGUGAGGCAUGUUAGAAUCCAUACUGGAGAGAAGCCGUAUAAGUGUGAUGAAUGUGGAAAGAGCUUUACUGUGAAGUCCACUCUAGAUUGCCACGUGAAGACCCACACAGGCCAGAAGCUGUUCAGCUGUCACGUCUGCAGCAACGCCUUCUCCACAAAGGGAAGUCUGAAGGUGCACAUGCGUCUGCACACAGGAGCAAAGCCUUUCAAGUGCCCUCACUGUGAGCUACGCUUCCGUACUUCUGGGCGAAGGAAGACUCAUAUGCAAUUUCAUUACAAAUCUGACCCAAAGAAGGCCAGGAAGCCUGUCACACGGAGCUCAUCAGAAAAUCUCCAGUCUGUGAACCUUCUCAACUCUUCUGCCACUGACCCCAACGUGUUCAUCAUGAACAACUCUGUUCUAACAGGGCAGUUUGAUCAGAACAUGCUUCAGCCAGGCCUGGUGGGCCAGGCAAUCCUUCCUGCCUCUGUUUCAGCUGGUGGGGACUUGACAGUGUCUCUGACUGAUGGAAGUUUGGCCACCCUGGAAGGCAUCCAGUUACAGCUGGCUGCUAACUUGGUUGGACCAAAUGUUCAGAUAUCUGGGAUCGAUGCCUCCAGCAUCAACAACAUCACAUUACAGAUUGAUCCGAGCAUUUUGCAGCAAACACUGCAGCAGAGUAGCCUGCUCGCCCAGCCAAUCACAGGGGAGUCCAGCACAGCCUCCCAGAACAGCUCCCUGCAGACAUCAGACAGUACCGUCCCAGCCAGUGUUGUCAUCCAGCCUAUCUCAGGCCUGUCCUUACAGCCCACAGUGACGUCUGCCAACCUGACCAUUGGCCCCCUGUCUGAACAGGACUCUGUGCUGACCACCAGCAGCACUGGGACGCAGGACCUCCCUCAAGUGAUGACUUCACAAGGCCUCGUGUCCACGUCGACUGGCCCGCAUGAGAUCACCCUGACCAUCAACAACUCCAGUCUCAGCCAGGUCCUAGCCCAGGCCGCCGGGCCCACCGCCUCUUCAUCCUCGGGCUCUCCACAGGAGAUCACGCUGACGAUCUCUGAACUUAAUCCUUCGAAUGGGAGCCUGCCUUCAACAGCACCGAUGUCGCCAUCAGCCAUUUCAGCCCAGAACCUGGUCAUGUCUUCAUCAGGGGUGGGUGCUGAUGCCAGUGUCACGCUGACCCUGGCUGAUACUCAGGGCAUGCUGUCUGGAGGGCUAGACACAGUUACACUGAACAUCACUUCUCAGGGUCAGCAGUUCCCAGCAUUGCUCACGGAUCCCUCUCUCUCAGGCCAAGGUGGAGCAGGCUCACCACAAGUCAUAUUAGUGAGCCACACUCCACAGCCCUCAUCUGCUGCUGGGGAAGAAAUAGCUUAUCAGGUGACUGAUGUCUCUGCCCAGCUGACCCCUAACAGCCAACCUGAAAAGGAGGGUCCUUUACACCAGUGCCUGGACUGCGACCGUGCCUUCUCCUCAGCUGCCGUGCUCAUGCACCACAGCAAGGAGGUGCACGGCAAGGAGCGCAUUCACGGCUGCCGAGUCUGCAGGAAGGCCUUCAAGCGUGCCACUCACCUCAAGGAGCACAUGCUGACGCACCAGGCCGGCCCCUCGCUCAGCUCCCAGAAGCCCAGGGUGUUCAAGUGUGACACCUGUGAAAAGGCUUUUGCCAAACCAAGCCAGCUGGAGCGACACAGCCGCAUCCACACAGGGGAGCGGCCGUUCCACUGCACUCUCUGUGAGAAAGCCUUCAACCAGAAGAGCGCGCUGCAAGUGCACAUGAAGAAGCACACUGGCGAGCGUCCCUACCGCUGUGACUACUGUGUCAUGGGCUUCACACAGAAGAGCAACAUGAAAUUACACAUGAAGCGAGCGCACAGCUUUGUGGGGACCUUGCAGGCAGCCACGGUGGUCCAGGAACAGGAUGGGGAGGAGCUAAGGACCCUCCACUUAGAGGAAGUGGUGCAGGAGGCAGCGGGUGAAUGGCAGACGCUGACCAAUGUGUUCUGAUGCCACGGACAGAGGCUGCGAGCGCCCUCUGUGAAGCUCCACGUGAAGAUGAGAGCACUUGGAGGUUCUGUUCUGAAACUUCAAGGGUUCAAAAUCUACCACAGUCAUUUUUUAGCUAAAAUUAUUUGAAGAAUCAUUGUCAUUCAAAGACUUCUGGGAAAGCGACUGGGAAGCGCACAGAUGCAGUGUUCUCCUUGUCUGCAGGUCACAGAGCUGGACACUGCCGUGGUCACUCACCUUCUCAUGGCCAGUGUUUGUCCUUAGCAGAUGAACUGGAUCUGAAUAUCAUUGCGGUGAGAUUUGCGAUAGCAAAAGACACAUUAGCAUGGGAAAACACACAUGGUAGUGCGUGAAGUUCAGAAGCAGUGCCAUCACACACAGGCGUUUUCCACUUCUUACUCUGCGGUUUGCUAAUUAGUAACAAUCAGUUCUUUUUAGCCCACCCUUAAGUUAAUGUAACUGAUGCUUUGAGAGAUGGCUGGACCAGUUCUCUCUCCACCACAGAUGCGUGAUCCCUAGUUAGAAGAACACAGGAUCCGGCCCAGCAGGGAGGGCCGUGGAGGAAAUCUGACCUGCAGGGAGGACCGGCUGCCCACAUGGAUGUCCACAGCUUGCUGGACGAAUCUGUCCCGUCACGUGGUUUAGGUCACUGCAGAAGCACAAGCCAUACCCUGUGAGCAGGAAGUGACAGAGUUGUCUACGGGGCAGUAGCUGUCCCUGCCCACUCAGUAAAUGUAUCUGUAUUUUAGGGCUAACCACUCGAGCCCUGCGGCUGUUCUCCUCAUGCAUAUGGAGGUGUUUGUUUCAGGGGAUUGUUCAGUGUCAUCGAGCAGUCACCCAAGGCCCAAGACAAACCCCAAACCAAAUCCUCCUGCACUGUACAGUGUGCGCUUCAGCAUUCCAAAGACAGGCGGUCCCCACUCGUAUCCCUUCCCCUAAAGCUAUUUAUAUGUUCUAUAUGUAAAUACCGGUGUACAUAGACGGAUAUGCGGUCUGUGUGUACAUAGACGGACACGCAGGCUCUGUGUGCAUAGACAGACAGACACACGCGGGCUCUGCAUAGACGAGGAGUCCGUCUUGUAAAUAGAAGCAGGAGUCUGGCCUCACACAGCAUCUGCGGCCACUCCCUGGUGCACCUCAGACCCGUGUCCUGCUCACUGUUAAUAAAUGGAUAUCUUUUUCACUGUAACAUAAAGCUGGGCUCUAUUUUUUUUUUCUGAAAAGAAAAUUGCCUUUAUUUUCUCUCAUUGCCUCCUUGGUUUCAGAAGAGAGCAGUUUAUUAUAUAUAUUCCGUGGACUUGUUCACUAAGAGAAUGUCCUGAAGAGACUUCACUGUUCUUGUGAAAGGGCGUCUUCUGAUUUCUUCACCUUUGUCUCUGUAUAUACGUAAUAUUGACAGUGACAUAAAAACUUUUGUUAUGUGAAAAUAUUUAAGUCAGAGAACUGUUAAAUAUUAUUACUUUUUUCCAAACUGAUUUGUGUAUUAUAUAUUUUUUUAAGAAGAAAAAAGCCUUACUUGACUUCUUGUAAUACUGGACUUAAAAACCCAAGGCCCCUGAAUGUCGGUGUGCACACCUGGCUGUGGUAGUGUUUUCAGAAUAAUUGUAAUUGUGCGAGAGUUUUAAAGUCUCUGCUAUUAAUGCACUUUUUAUUUUAUAAUUUUGUAUUAAAAUAUUUUAGAAAUAUUAAUUAAUUUUAGUGAACAGGUAUCCCCAAAAUUGAAAUUAUUGGAUUUAAAUCUUUGUGCUCUACCUGGGUUAUUUAUUUUCCUUUCAGCAUUAACUGUCACCUCAGGACAUCUGUGAGCGGUUGGCUGCCUCCUGGCUGCGCAGUGCAUGCCGGGCGCUGGCUGUGCAGUCGCCGACCUAUGUAAGUACGGCCUGACCAGGGGAAGCUGAAGCCUGAUUUUACUUUGGUUAAGGAAAAGAAAAUCUACCAGUAACCCAUUUUGUGUCUUUUCUCAGUUUAUUAGCAAACAAGUAUGACAUGUGUGUAUUUUGAUUUACUUCCUUACCAUCAAAGCUGCUUCUUUACCAACAUUCCUUGAGAAGACAAGGGUAUGAGAAGACCACUCACUUGAAUAUUGUGGUUUACAGGUUGAGCUCUGUAUCUUAAUGUUUGAAAUGCUGUGUUAGGAAAGUGGUUUCUAGCCUCAUGUGUAACCAGGGUUUUGAGGAUAGAGAACUGUAUUUUUAGAACUCUAUAUAACAUAACUGUUUUGAAAUAACUAAAUGCAAAAUGACAUUAGGAAAUGUGGUGUAUGUGUGGUUUUUUUUGUUGUUUAUUUUUAAUCAUGUUUCAGAUAACUAGUAGGGUGGGGAAUAAAUUUCAAUUCAGGUAUUUUUAACAGAAAGCAAAAACUGUAAUGAUAUUUCUUUUACCCAUGUGAAGUCCAGAGAAUGCAUAUCUUGUUGGUGUCUCCCUGAAGCACAUCGAGCUGACAGUCGGAUGUGGCCCUUGACAGCAAAUCCUGUGCCUGGCGCAGUCUUUUCAGUGUCAGUUGCUCCUUCAGCUCUGUGGAGCCCCUGAGCCCCUGGAGGAGGCUCCGGGUUGGGAGAAGAACAGCUAAGCAUGUUCCUGAAGGCUGCUGCUGCCCGUCACAGGAUGAGCACAGCUCGGGAGACCGAGGGAGCGGGAGAAUCUGGCAUGGACAGACCCUUGAGAAGGCUGUAGAUAGAGGUGCCAGGUGAUGACAGCAGACGCCCUCACACCCAGCAAGGUCUCCUACAGCCCUCGGCAAUGCUGGAGGGGCUUACAGAGCAGCAUGAGGAAAUGAGGGAGCGGAGAAGCAGGCCUUAGGAGGUUAGAGAGGCUCCUCAGAAGUUGCUUCCAUAGUGAGAUGCCAAUAUGGUGGGCAGUGUGCACCAGAAAACUAUGUGCCCUGCAUGCCAUUUGCAAGGAAAUCUGAGUUCAAUUCCUCUGAAUUCUCACCGAGUACCAGUGAGUUUAGCACAUCUGUGUAGUCCAUAUUUUAGAGAACAGCUUUUGGUUCUGUGGGCUGUCUUCUGGGAAGUAUAUUCAUUCAUUAAGACUCAUGUUCCAGCCAAAAUGGCUUCACACAGAUGUAUCUGGGUAGCGUUUCAUAAGGGAGUAUGUGUCUGUAGGUCUACUCUUGGGUUCUGUUCCCAGGGAUACCUUAUGCCUCCUUGCAUAAGGGGUUUCUCUCAAGCCAGCUUCAAAACCCCUCCCCCAAGAGUGACCCCAGGGCCUGGUGCUGCUGUGCUGCCGUGUGAGCCAUGCACAGGGCGAGGGGGACCCAGAGCUCCUUCUUUAUCUGCACUUGGUUUGUACUUAGGGGAUGUGGGUAAAACCCGCAUCACUUAGAGCAAACUCUUAGGUGGGUUGCAACACCUACGUGCUUACAUUACAAACACUUGUAACCCCAACAUUUGAGAAAUGGGGGCAGUCAACCUCUACUCCAUAGCACGCUCCAGGCCAGCCUGGGCUACCUGAUGCCCUGUCUCCAAAGACAAAACCAAACCAAAAGCUAAGUGAAAUAAAAUUUCAAAAUAGCAACCCAUGACAAUGCAGGCUCACCCACCCUGUGUUUGCUGAAGCCUCAUUAUAGUGAGAUAACCUGAAAUCUGGUUGCAUCCUAAAGAUUAGAGCUACAUAAUUCAUGGGGAUUACCGAGGUCUGAUGGCUGGCCUCUCCCCACGAGUGCUCAAGGACAGCGCGGGGACAUAUAUUCCAUUUCACACCCUACCUGCACAGGCACUGUGGUCAUUUUCUGUGUGGACUAAGUGGUAUAGAUCUGUUAGUGUGUCAGGAGCAAUAGGCAGUAGUCAGAAAAUCGUGCUAUUUAAAUCUUUUCUAUGUGUAAUGCUUAUGGCAUGAAGACUUUUGUAAUGAAUCGAGAUUUGUAUAUCUGACAGGUUCUAAAAUGCCAUAGUGAUUGUUCUUCAGCACCACGAAGAAAAUUCGAAGUUAAUUUUUUAAUUUACAGAAAAGUUCUCUUUUUAUCUUCAGAAUUGUCUCAUGGUCUAUUUAUACAUUGGAUGAUAUUUAUUUAAUCCAGUUUUGUAUUAGAAAUUGAUAGCUAUGCCAAAAGCCACUGUGCUGGCUUUCAAAAACAAUAAAAAUAGUUUUUGUAUUAUUUUGAAA